CAGGGUGUUAUCCAGGAUGUGAAGCUGAUAUUCGCUCCAAACGGCUACAUCACGCAGUGCCCCAACCUUAACCGCACCUGUCCGACCUGCAGUGAUUUCCUGAGCCUGGUGCAAGGCAUCAUGGACCUUCAGGAGCUACUGGCCAAGAUGACCCUGAAGUUGAACUACGCAGAGACGAGGCUGACCCAAUUGGAGGGCUGUCACUGCGAGAGGACCUGCAGCGCCAACGGCCUGGUCUACAGGGAUAAAGAGCUAUGGGUGGAGCCCGAGAACUGCAGGAACUGUGCAUGUAAGAAUGGUGUGGUGGAGUGUCGCAGGAUAUUCUGUCCUCCAGCAAACUGCUCAGAGGACUCGCUGCCUGUACACGUUGAUGGGACUUGCUGCAAGAAAUGCAGACCGAGAUGUACCUACAUGGGCCAGACCUUUUCCGAAGGCCAGCGCUUUUUAUCCAGGAACUGCAGGGAAUGCAAGAAUGGCCUGAUGGUGAAAGUCACAGAAACUUGUCCAGAGCUUAACUGCACUGUCAGUGAACAGAUCCUACCAGAUGGCCGAUGCUGCAAUGUUUGUAGAGGUUAUGACUUCUGCGCAGAGGGACUCAUUUGUGGAGAAAACUCUGAAUGUAAAAACCGGAAUACUAAAGCAGAGUGUGAGUGCAAGAGCGGCUUUGCCUCCAUCCACGGGGACUCGACUUACUGUGAAGGUAGGACUGCUGAAACUGAGCUGGGACUCAUGUAA